AUGGGAGACAGCAUGAAUGUUCUCCAUGACUUUGGAAUCCAAUCAACGCACUAUCUCCAGGUGAAUUACCAGAACUCCCAGGACUGGUUCAUCUUGGUGACCAUGAUCGCAGACCUCAGGAAUGCCUUCUUUGUCCUCUUUCCCAUCUGGUUCCACCUUCGGGAAGCUGUGGGCAUCAAACUCCUCUGGGUAGCUGUGAUUGGAGACUGGCUCAACCUUGUGUUUAAGUGGAUCCUUUUUGGACAGCGCCCAUACUGGUGGGUCCUGGACACCGAUUACUACAGCAAUACCUCUGUGCCCCUGAUAAAGCAAUUCCCUGUCACCUGUGAGACUGGGCCAGGGAGUCCCUCUGGCCAUGCCAUGGGUACAGCAGGUGUAUACUACGUGAUGGUCACAUCCACCCUCUCCAUCUUUCAGGGAAAGAAAAAACCGACCUACAGGUUACGGUGCUUGAACGUCAUUUUGUGGUUGGGAUUCUGGGUUGUGCAGCUGAACGUCUGUCUGUCUCGAAUCUACCUUGCUGCUCAUUUUCCCCAUCAGGUUGUUGCUGGAGUCUUAUCAGGCAUUGCUGUUGCAGAAACUUUCCACCACAUCCGGAGCAUCUACAAUGCCAGCCUCAAGAAAUACUCUUUCAUUACCUUCUUCCUGUUCAGCUUUGCCAUUGGGUUUUACUUGCUGCUAAAGGGGCUAGAUGUAGACCUCCUGUGGACCCUGGAGAAAGCCAAGAGAUGGUGUGAACGGCCAGAAUGGGUCCUAAUUGACAGCACACCCUUUGCCAGCCUCUUCAGGAACCUGGGGACCCUCUUUGGCCUGGGGCUGGCUCUCAACUCCAGCAUGUACAGGGAGAGCUGCAAGGGCAAGCUCAGAAUGUGGCUUCCCUUCCGCCUCAGCUGCAUCCUGGCCUCCCUGAUCUUCCUGCACCUCUUUGACUCUUUGAAACCCCCAUCCCAAAUUGAGCUGCUCUUCUAUGUCCUGUCCUUCUGUAAGAGUGCAGCAGUGCCCCUGGCAUCUGCGAGUCUUAUCCCCUACUGCCUCAUGUGGGUCCUGGGCCAGCCGGACAAGAAGUCUUUGUAAGGUACAUGGGGUCUUCAGUAUUUAAAGUCAAUGACUUGUGCCAGAGAUUGAGGGGACCUAGGGUCUUCUGCCAGCCCAUUUUGAGGCCAGAGGUGCUAGAGUCAGCUCAGGUGAUCCUCCCCUUUUUGCAAUUCUAAUUCUAUUGGGUAAUGUUUUUUUGAAAAGCUAAAGAGGCUAUUUGAGAGAGCCUUGACUGUUAAAAGUUGGGUCAGUUCUGGAUUUUUUUUCCUGAAGACUCGUUCUUCUGUCAGGUAUACAAAAGCAAGACUUCCAGGUAAGGCCAACUCACAACCCCAGACUGGGGAUUCCAGCUGAGAAUUUUCUACCUGUGCUCAACCUGAUCAAGGAAAGGAGAAAAGAGUAGUGGAUUUGAUAGGGAAAGAAGGAUGGAUAAAGGAGGGUUUUUUAGUAUCUUGCAUAUCAUGCAAAUUAUAUGCCAAACAAUAUCUAAAUGGCUUUAGUUACGUUUGAAUCUUUACAGAAGGCACUCUCAAUAAUGGGGGACCAACUAGAAGUAUAAUUAAUAGGUAGUUAAUGGGGCAAUUUUCUUUCUUACUUGUAUUUUUCUAUUAUAUCUACGGUCAUUGUACUUACUUGGAUUUCUGAAUGGCUGCAGUGACCUAGAUAUUGUUCUAGGUCAGAACAUUCAGGCAUAGUCAGUUUCUUCUCUCUCACACUAGAUCAUCCCCCCUUCACCCAACUCUGCUUUCUCCAGAAUUUUCCACUGGUUCCAUACCUGCCUUGCUGGAUCCUCAGAUGCCUAAUGGAAGACUCCGUGGUGGUGCUUUUGUACAUUUCAUUGACGCUCUGAAAUCUUGGCAAAAGAGCAAGGAGAGGGUUCAGGAUUCUUCUCUCCAGAAGGUCACUCCAAUGUUACUUUUGAUUCCUGGAGGGCAUAUAUGACUCCUUUCUAUCUUCCAAGCCAACUAAGAGCACGUUCUUAUUCACACCAACCAUCCUGGUCAAAACAUCUUUAAAAAGAAAAAUAUACAUGUGCAGUAUUUUAUUAAAGCAACAUUUUAUUUAAGAAUGAAGUCUUACUAAUUACUGUAUUUUAGAUGCAAUUGUGAUCUGAAGGUUCUA